AUGUCGCUCAAACGAAAAGCCCUUGUGGACGCUGCGAAUGGUCGGUCCUCGAAACGCUCCACGCCUGCUCCUUCGACGCCCGUCAGCCUCGAAAGCGACGACGAAUACUUCGAGGGAUCCGAUGCACGCUCCCAAGAACCCAGUGACAGCGAGCAAGAGCACAUUCGAAAGGCUAGAGCAAAGUUGGACUUCAGUUCCUUCCAGGGGGCAAAGCACAAACAAAAGCCGUCCAUCUUUGGAGAGAAAGACUUUUCCUGGCUCUCGCUGAAGCCUGAUCAUGAGAACAGACCGCUAUGGAUAGACCCAAAUGUGUCCCUUGGGUCGAGAAAGGGCCCCAAGAUCACCCUGGAGAGCUUCUCUCCGCUGUCUGCACAGGCUACGGAUCUGCUUACUACCAUCGCAGAACCCCAGUCGAGACCGUCCUAUCUCCACGAAUAUAGAUUCACAGAGCAUAGUCUCUAUGCCGCCCUAUCGGUAGGUCUACGAGGUGAAGAUAUAAUACGUGCACUAGAAAAGCUGUCCAAAACCCCCGUCCCCGAGACCGUGGUCGAUUUUAUCAACCGCCACACAAAAACGUACGGAAAGGUACGGCUUGUUUUGAGGAACAACAAAUUCUUCGUCGAGUCCGAUGAGCGCCCUAUUAUCGACAUGCUCCUCCAGGACCCUGUUAUCGGACCCUGCAAAGCUGCCGGCACUGACGUCCAAGUGGGGAGGAUCCAAACGAAGGCGACUGUCAUUCAAGGAACUAGCAACGCCAAAGGCAUGACACAGGCGGGUCAGGGAAAUGUGGAGAUGCCCAGAGAUGACCCAGCCAAAGAGAACGAAGCCAUGAUCGCGGCACUGAGGGACGAAGAAGAUGAAGAGGAUACCUACAAGGAAGCCACCAGUUUCGAAAUUGCGCCGAACAAGCGUGACACAGUGGCGAAGCAAUGCUUGGACAUCGGUUAUCCUGCGAUUUCAGAAUACGACUUCGCCAACGAUUUCGAAAAUGCGACCCUACCCAUUGACCUGAAACCCUCCACUCAAAUCCGGCCGUACCAGGAAAAGGCGCUUAGCAAGAUGUUCGGUAACGGCCGUGGCAAGAGUGGCAUUAUUGUCCUCCCCUGUGGCGCCGGGAAGACUCUGGUCGGCAUCACCGCGGGCUGCCAUAUCAAGAAGAGUAUUGUCGUCCUCUGCACAAGCGCCAUGUCCAGCUACCAAUGGGCCAACGAAUUCAGGAAAUGGUCUGAUAUCAGAGAAGAAGAUAUCGCCGUAUUUUCUGCCACUGAGAAGAAGAGGUUCAACGGAGAUGCAGGUGUGCUGGUCACUACCUACUCCAUGAUAACCGCUGGAGGAAAGCGAGCCCAUGACACCCAGCAGAUGAUGGAUUGGGUGUACGGCAAAGAAUGGGGUUUGAUGCUCCUAGAUGAGGUGCAUGUGGUCCCUGCCAAGAUGUUCAGGAAGGUCGGCGAAAACAUUCGCUCCCACUGCAAACUUGGUCUGACCGCCACUUUGCUUCGAGAAGACGACAAAAUCACCGAUCUAAACUUCAUCAUCGGGCCGAAAUUGUAUGAAGCCAACUGGAUGGAACUCGCUGAUCAGGGACAUAUUGCCAAAGUGCAAUGUGCCGAAGUCUGGUGCCCGAUGUCCAUGGAAUUCUACCAAGAAUAUCAGAACGCAAGCACGCGGAAGCAGCCCUUGUUCUAUAUCAUGAACCCGGAGAAAUUUCGGGUCUGCCAGUACCUCAUCAAUUACCAUGAGAACCGAGGCGACAAGAUCAUCGUAUUCAGUGACAACUUGUUUGCAUUGAGACACUAUGCCGAGAACAUGAAGAGGGCUUUCAUCUACGGUGAAACCAGCAACUACGAGCGGCUCGAAAUCCUAAACAGAUUUCAGCACGACGAUCGCCCAGAAUUCAGCACCAUCUUUUUGUCCAAGAUUGGCGAUACCUCCCUUGACUUGCCAGAAGCAACCUGCCUGAUCCAAAUCUCUUCCCAUUAUGGGUCUCGACGCCAGGAAGCACAACGCCUAGGGCGUAUCUUGCGGGCAAAGCGUCGAAAUGAUGAAGGUUUUAAUGCAUUCUUCUAUUCUCUCGUUUCCAAAGAUACAACCGAGAUGGCAUACAGUGCGAAGAGACAGGCUUUCCUGGUUGACCAAGGCUAUGCUUUCAAGACCAUCACUCACUUGGCUGGUAUGGACAAGAUGGACAAACUCAUGUACUCAAGUGCUGCAGAAAGAAACGAAUUGCUUGCGAAGGUCUUGCUUCAAAACGAAACGGCUGCCGACAUUGAGAAAGUCGAUGACAACAUGUGGAGUCAUCUGAGUGGGGGCGGCUCUUCGGCGAAGGCCAAGGCGCAGAAACUGCAGGUGCGAAGGCAAGCUGGCUUGCUGGCAGAUGUCAGUGGCGGCGGUACUAUGGCCCCAAUGUACCAAGAACGAAGAACCAAGAAGAGUCAGCAACCCGACAGCGAGUGGUUCAGGAAAGAGGCCAGACGGCGCGAACUUGCAGCCAAGAAGAGAAAGAAGGAGAGAAUGGACGCUGAAAAGGCGUCGGGUCGGUAG